AUGUACAGAAACCAGUUAUCAAACUACCAUUCUAUGUUGGAUAAGCAGUUUGGUAAGUUUCUGGAGGUGGUGAAAAACUUACAGGUAACAGUUCCUUUCAUAGAGAAGAGAGCCUUUAAUGAGGUAGAGACUGUAGCUUUUACAGAGGAAUGUAUUGCUUUAUUACAAAAUAUAUCUCCACCUAAAUUAAAGGAUCCUGGUAGUUUUUCUAUUCCCUGCCAUAUUGGAAAUGUCUUCAUUGAUAAAGCAUUAUGUGAUUUGGGUGCUAGUGUUGGUGUUAUGCCAUCGUCUGUGUGUUCAAAGCUUAAUAUGGGUGAUUUAAAAGUUACUAACAUUACCUUGCAAAUGGCAAACCGUUCUGUUAAAUACCCUUUAGACAUGGCCGAAGAUACACAAAUUCUAAUAAUGUUAGGUCGACCUUUCCUCCACACUGCAGGAGCCAUUAUUGAUGUAAAAAAUGGAAAACUAACUUUAUCUGUCGGAGAUGAUAAUAUCACUUUUAAUUUAGGGAAAGUUUUGAAAGGUCCUAUGUCAGAGGAAAAUUGUUGUAGUAUUGAUGUGAUUGAUGUUAUUUGUGAAGAUAGCUUAACACAGGUCCUUACGAGGGAUCCCUUGGAGGAAGUACUUUGUGGUGAUUUUGGUACAGGUGAAGCUGGUAUUUGGAGCAGUGAGGUGGAUGUUAUAGAGAAGGCUCUCGCACUUCAAGAGCUUGACUCUAAGGAGAGCAAGAAGGUAGUAAAAUUAGUUCACGAAUCAAAACCUGCAGAGGUUAAGAAACCCGAACUAAAACCUCUCCCUUCUCAUUUAAAAUAUGUAUUUCUUGAUGAGCACGAAUUGCAUCCUGUGAUCAUUAGUACUGCAAUUGAUGACCCAUAA